AUGGCAUCUUAUGACAUCUGGCACAGGAAAGAAUCAAGAGAAUGUGAGGCCAUGAGCUCCCAGCAGCAGAAGUUGACUUUAGAAUCCAUGAUACAUCUCACACCCAAAAUUUAUGAGUUCAGAGGAAAAGUGGCCUCCGAGGAGGAAAAGAGGCAGCAUUCUACCUGGAGUAAGAAGCGCCUUCCCUUCCCCCCGGACCGUGCAAGCUCACCUCCCUCCCGACUGACCUCACCCUUGCUCCCCGCCCCGCAUCCCUACACUGGUGAGGCGGUGGGCCGCGCUCGGUGGGGUUCCACCGCCCACUCCACGCCCGCAGCGCUUGCACACGCCGACUCCCGGGCCGAGCGCCUCCAAGGUGGCAGUGGCAACCGUAGUGUCCCGAUUUCUGUCCCUCCGCGCUUAGCCGAGAAGUCCGGACCGCGGCGGCGGUGGCGGGAGAGAGCGACUCGGCCCCUCCCUAGAGGGGGCCGCGCGACCGAGGGCUACGGGCACCGCCUCUGCUGCAUCCGUGGCUGCGCGCUCCGCUCGGCUCAGACCCGCUCGGAUCCGGAGCCCGCGCGCUGCGCUGCCUUCCCUUCCCCCUCUGCCGCCGCCCCGCGGGCAGCUCCCCCCGGCGAGACGCACGUUCGAUCCUCCUUCGCCGGAUUUACGGAUUUCCGGGGGCAAAGAAUUUUGCCUCAGUCCCUACCAGCAUCUCUUGGCCUCUCCCCCCCUCCUCGCGACUCCCCCACCCCGUGGGCGCGCGCGCGCGCACACACACACACACACACUCACACACACUCACACUCGCAGGCGCGCGUGCGCACGCCCGCGCGCCCCGAGCCGCGGAGUCUCCAGCAGAUCCCACUCUCUCGGGCGCCGCUACUCACACAGGCUUCCAGUCGCCACGGGGCGUCCUCUGUCUGCGGCAGCAGCGGCGGAGGCAGCACAGGGAACCGCAGCUGCAGCCGGGCCGCGUCUUGCAGCUUCGUGUCCGGGACGGAGUCCGGGAGAAGCGGACGAGGAGGACGACAAGGCGAGGAGGAGCCGCGCCGCGCCCAGCGCCCGGCUCCCGGCUCCCGGCUCCGCGCGGCGGGCUGCCCCCGCUCCCGGUAUCGCGGAUCCAGAUUUUUGAAAGCGGCUUAAAUCUAAUUGGCUCCCCCAGGAUCUCAGCUCCUGUUACAUUGGUGCAUUCCUGUUUUUGAGGGGCAUCUGGAGAGACUGAACGGCCACUGCUAGUUGGCAUACAGGGUAGGAGGAUGCGGCAACUUUUUUUUUUUCCUCUGUCCUUGGAAACUUUCAAAUCUUGGUUCAGUUCUUCUUGAGCGUGAAUGUUUGGUUUUUGCGAUUGUUUUUGUAAUGCUGGGUUCUGUUUUCCUGUUGUUGAAUUUCAUAUGAGUGAGGUGGCAGCCACAACUGUUGCCACCCCAUGGUGGCCAGCCUAUGUCUUCUGUGAAGGAAAAAUCAAGAGAAAAGAAAAACAAAACACAUAAUAGUAGUAGGGUAUGGAUUUGUAUAAAUAAUACUUACCAAACAGUGCUAAUAAAUCAGCCUUAUAUGCGUCUAUUCUCCUCAAGGUAAACACCUAUUUACACAGCAGAGCUGAGUUACUUUUAGUGGCCCACAGUCAGAUGUCCCUGUAGUCGAUGCAGCUGUUAAAAGAAUGCCUGAAUCUUUCCCUUAAUCACGGUGACGUCAUAUGUUUGAAACCCCACGCAGUGAAGCAAAUCAAAGAGGAGAUUCUACCCAUCAGAUAGUAGGGAAAGAGAAGGGAGAAGAGGGUAACUAGGGUUUUUUUUUUCUUGUUUCAAAGGGUUUCUCUUAGCCAGAUACUUAAAGAUUUGAGAUAAAAAAAAAAAACAACAGGAAAAUAUAUGUGGUAUCUGUUUUUAAGUAUGUUAUUAAAGUAUGUAUGUAUGUAAAGUAUGUACGGAAAGACUCUGGUUUUAGAGCUUCAGUCUUCCAUUGUAGAGGUGAAAGCUGGGAUUAAAGAAAUUGAACAUGUAAGAGACUAUUGGCCUGAUUUGGGCAAACCCAUAUUGAAGACAUUCAGAAGCCAGAAAUAAAAAGUGUGUUAAAGGCUGUGGUUAGGCUGCCUUUUGCUGCUGGAUUAGAAAUAGUAAAUGGAGAAAUAGCAAGAAAUGUGUUCCUCUUUUGGAAGACAAGUGAUUUAAAAUCUUUGUACUAGGAGAGUCUUAUCUUGUAAUAUUUGAUAUCUCCUUCUCCUAAACAUAGGCCAGGAGAGUGACAAGAAUGGGCUCAAAGUUUGUUUUGAUUAAGUGCCUCUUGGUUGUGUGCAUGUGUGUGUGUGUGUGUGUGUGUGUGUGUGUGUUUAUGUGUAUGGCCCGAGUGGGAAUAUCUGUUUAAUUGAAAUCUGAUUGUCCUGUUAUUGGUUAGGCAGGACCUGCCCAAGCAUAGAAAAACCUAAUUUCAGGCUUAGCGGGCAAUGAAGUUAAUAAUAAAACAUGUCUAUUGAAUUAAAAACAGUACCAUUCUUGUUAAUUCAUUUAAAAAUAUUACUCAAGAUUUUCCUCCCAAGAUAAACAUUUAUGUAUCUGCCAAAUGGGACAAGAGCCAGCCAGUCUCCUUUUUGGUAAAUGUACUCCUUUUGUUGUCCUAAGGGAGACAGCCCAGGCCUAGGGCACAAGGAGCCCAGUUUUAAUUGUGUGCCCCUCUGGAGUUGUACCACCAGGGACAAUGACUUUGUCCUAUUGGCCCUAAGCUUUUCUUAUGUAUAAAAUAAGAAGGUUGGAUGAGGUGACUUCUAAAGCACUUAAUACAUAUCAUGUUCUGUGAAACAGAGUAAACGGUGGAAAGAAACACAUGGAAAUGGUAAGGAAAAGCUAAGUGAGGUAGCUCAAUGCCUGAGGAAGGAUUUUCUGAGCAGAGAAGGGAGAGAG